AUGGACGACACUUCGUUCAAUAUCAUGGCGAGGUACACGGUGGGAUUACUGCAUGUGUCACGAUUCGACAUGAUAUUUGUUCGCGUGAAAUGGAUGGGCGUUCUGUGCCCUAACAUGUGUGCCAUGAUCUCGUUUGGGAGCACGGAAAAUGAGAUACGAAAAGCUGUCGAGGAAUGCGCUGAUAAUCUCGAGCGAUAUGAUCACCUAGUGCGAAACGGAGCUCGGUAUCCAGUGAGCAAAUGUUCCGAAAAAUACUUAUCGAGUCAUCACAUCACAUUCAUAGAUAAGGUUCACGAGAAUUUCCCGGAUGCCAUCUACUGGUGUUCUCUGUGCGAUUUUCACAUGAGUAAUAUCCAACAUGUACGAACCCACUUUGAAACACAUCAGCAUUUUCAGGAAGAACAGCGAUUAAAUGAAAGGAAGGAUUUGCUUGAAAGAAUGCCUCCUAUGUCCAGCAAUCAGUUGGCAGCUAUCAAUGCGUUGAUAAAAGAACUGCUCGAAGAGAAGUCUGAGCGAUUAAAUGAAAGGAAGGAUUUGCUUGAAAGAAUGCCUCCUAUGUCCAGCAAUCAGUUGGCAGCUAUCAAUGCGUUGAUAAAAGUGCUGCUUGAAGAGAAGUCUGAGAAAGGAGGAGGUCCAAUCUGGCAACAACGUCAGAACGUUGCGAAAACAGUCAACGAAGUUCUGACUCAUCACGUUUUCAAGAAAAUGGGUGUAACAGGUCGAAUAUCAGUUUAUGGUUCUGUGCUGGCAAGAACCUCCAUUGAAAGCAGCGAUCUGAAUAUAGCUAUCGAUAUUCCCACUGUGGAUGGCAGUGACGCUAUUGAUACCAUGAAAUCUGUGGCCGAUCUUCUGAAGACUGCUCCUGGUGGGUUCGAUGUGCAAUUUACCCCUGAUGUACCGAUGUGUAUCAAAUUUAUCGUAUCAAAUGUAUGCGUACGGCUUGCUUGGAGGUGUGAAAAUGGCUUGAAAUAUGGCAGAUUGCUUUCCGUGUACACGGCUGUUCAUCCUAAAUUUGCCGAACUUUGCCAAAUUGUCAGGAAAUGGGCGGAGGUGUCUGGAAUCUAUGCUGUUGAUCGGCGGCAAGGUGGUUUGACAAGUUAUGGUUUUGACAUAAUGGUACUGUAUUUUCUGCAACAGAAGAACCUGCUUCCGUGUCUCCACGAGAUGCGUUCAUCAGUCUCUCAUGAGAUGAAAGCGGAGCCGACGAUUGACGAUUUCUACGAGGAUCGCGACUCGUAUGAGAGUGACAUUGAUGUUAUUACCGAGAAGUUCGGCCAAAACGGAGAACCGUGGAAUUUGGCCCAAUUAUUCGUGGAGUUUUUGUGCUUUUAUGGUUCUCGAAUACAUCAAAACGAGAUUGUCCAAGUUUAUACGGCGAAGCAAGUUACCAGGGACCGAAGCCGAUGGAGUAGAAAGUUGCUGCAAAUUUCGGGUAGGUAG